AUGCCGUCUGUAAUUGAUCCUCGAAUGGAGCUGGAUUAUGCUGUGCAGCAGAUUGUGCAAGCACCCUCCGACAACGAAUACUUCAACCAGCUUCUUCCCGCAAUCAAGGACGCAAGCAAAGGCGGCCAAAGUCAUCAGCUUCUGCGAUCCUUGACACAAUACUCCGCAAACCGCGAGUCGGAAAUUGAACGAAUAUGCAACACGAACCACCAAGGCUUCGUCAGCUCAGUCAAUCAGUUGCUCCACGUACGCGAGGGGACCAUCGGCCUAACCUCCGAGAUCCUCGCUCUUAACCAUUCCAUUCAAUCAAGCACCGAGAAGCUGGCUGAGCAGAAGAAGGCUCUUGUUGACUCGCGCGGGGUGCGACAAAAUAUAGACGAAGCUACCCAAGCUCUGCGUGAUUGCUUGGAUGUCCUUCGAUUAGCCAAUCAGGUUCACGAUCUUCUGAGUAGAAAAAGUCGUUAUUCGGCAUUGAGAGCUCUUGAUGAGCUUCAGAGUGUCCAUCUCAAGGAGAUAACGCAGUACAAAAUUGCGGAGAUGAUCCAGAAAUCAGUUCCUGCCACCAAGAAGCUCAUCGCGGAGGCUGUGAUGACGGAUUUGAACACAUGGCUCUUCCGGAUCAGAGAGACCUCGCAAUUCCUGGGUGAGGUGGCCUUUUACCAUACUGAACAGAGAAGGACCCGGCAGAAGGACCGAGCGGAGGCACUACCCGACCUCAGCAAUUUCAAGCUGAACUUUGCCAUCGAGCUAGUUUCUGAUGAGACCGAGGAGUUUGACAUCCUAGACAAUGAAGAUGUCCAAGUUGACUUCACGCCUUUGUUUGAGUGCCUUCAUAUUCACAAUGCCCUUGGCCAGAUUGACAGGUUCCGCGCCGAAUACGCUGCCACUCGAAAGCAGCAGAAAGAGCUGCUAAUGCCUUCUUCCGUGACCUUGAUCGACGCAGAAAGCGCAAGCCUGAGCGAGCUGUUGGAAGGCAUUGCCGGCUUCGCGAUCGUCGAGAAGGCGACGAUGAAAAAGACGCCGGAAUUGCGCUCUGCUGUUGAUGUUGACGAACUUUGGGACUCGAUGUGCCAAACAGCCAUCACGCUUAUCUCCAAGGCAUUGCACGAGGUCACCAAUGCUGAGGUGCUACUUAAGAUUAAAGGCGUCAUCGCGCUCUUCAUCCAGACUAUGGAAUCUUGGAGUUACCCUGUGGCCGCUCUUGAUGCUUUUCUUCUAAAGCUCUUCGAGAAGUAUGCCGAACUCCUGAAAAGACGUUUCAGUGAUGACUUUCAAGAGAUUGUCUCGACGGAUGACUACAUGCCAAUGCCAAUAAGCAAACUAGAUGAGUAUGACAAGGUUGUCAACGUAAGCUGGUACACACCGGACAAGCCACGCGAAGACAUACGCUUCCCGUGCGUUCUUCCCUUCUCUCAGAUGUAUCCCCUGUGCUGCAUCGACAUCCGAAAUUUUCUAAAUCAAUUCUACUUCUUCUCCGACGAUCACUUUCAGCAUCCAAGGGUUAUCGACGAGACUCUCAAGACUUCUCUAGAUGAGCUUCUCUCGGAAAGCGUCUGUCGACUACUGGUGGAAAGGCUCAAUUCGCAGUAUCUUGGACAAAUCGUCCAAAUCCUGAUCAACUUAGAGCAUUUCGAGAUUGCUUGCCGUGAACUCGAGCCAUUGCUUGCUGCUGCUAGGUCUAACGCUUCUGUUGAGGGAAGCGUUAGCCUUAGUGCUACAGAAGAGUUCCGUGGCAACAAGAAAACCGCAGAAAAACGAAUAUUCGAGCUCGUCAAUUCAAAGAUCGAUGAUCUUAUCGGUACGGCAGAAUAUGACUGGAUGGCACCCACGCUCGAGAAGGAGCCCAGCAAUUACAUGCAAACAUUGACGAGAUAUUUGUCGAACAUCAUGAACUCCGUGCUCUUAGGACUACCUACAGAGAUCAAAGAAUUGAUCUACUUCGAUGCACUGAGCCACGCAGCAACUAUGAUACUGUCUCUUCCUCUGUCAACGGAAGUAAGGCGGAUCAAUCCUAACGGCGUGGCUGCGCUCGCGAAAGACGUUCAGUAUCUUACUGAAUUCGUGGAUACGCUUGGAAAUCCAAUAUUGCGAGAGAAUCUGGACGAGCUUCAGCAAACUAUCAUGUUGAUGCAAGCCGAGAACUCCGAUGAAUUUUACGACAUUGCCACGAGAAAUAAGAAAUAUGGAAGAGUCGAUGCAAUGAACGGCCCCAUUCUACUCGAGAAACUCACCCACACGGUGCAGAGUCCAGCUCUUCUGAAAACAGACAAAUUCCAGGCCCUGUCCUCGCGCUUUGGCAUGAAGUCUUGA